AUGAACAGAAAUACAAUUCUAGUCUUAUGUCUAUUUUUCUUUAACAGCAUAGUUUCAUCUGCUUCUGUACAAUACGCUGGAUUGAAUGGAGCUGAAAUGAAUGGAGUUGACCUGGAAACUGAAGAGCUAUCAGAUCAAAGUGACAUCCAGUUCGUAUUGCCAGGUAUUAACCUUAGCUUGUCAUCAGAAGAGUUGGUAAUCGAUGAACAACGAUACUUCACUGCUAUAAAUAGCUUUUCUAUCACUAAGGACAACUCUGGUGUCAAAAAGAUGAAAACUGUAGGGGAAGGAUUUAUCAAAUUCGAAUCCAGUGUUAGGUCAACUUUCAGUCCCGAGAAGUUCGAGUAUGUAAUCUCUAAAAGUCCCAAAAGCAUAGUUCUCUUCAAAGAUAGUAAUACUAUUCUUGUUCCAUCUGAGGAGAUUAUUGAGGCUGACGAUAAUGAAUUGGAGCUGAUUACCAGCUAUGAAUAUCUUGAAUUGAAUUUGGAUGAAUUGAAGAACGUUCAUGCAACUCUUGAAUCCCCAUUAAUUCCUGCUAGCUCAUGUCUUUCAUUGAGUCCGAGAAAUGGUACAUCAGGUUCGGUUUCGUUAUCGUUCUCAAAUGGUGUAUACAUUAGAAAGUAUGGAUCUGGUACGGCUUCUCAGUCUUUUGUUCCUGCUGUAGCCUAUUCUAUGGCACUUUCAAGGAGUGUGAAAAUAGCAGAGUCGUUCUCUGGAACACAUUCAUGUUCCGUAUCAGGAGGAAACUCCGUUCGUUUGUUCUACAAAGUCUUCACAUUUAGCGGCUCCCCCAUGUAUAGGAAGGUUACUUAUGACAGUGUGAAUGGUGAAAUUUCCACUGGCAAACUAGUUAAAAUGCAAACCAGAAAGUACUUAGCAGGAAUCCCUCCUAUAUACUACUGUGUGACAUCUGCUAACACAGACUUGAUGUGUGGUGUUCCCGGAAUUCAAUUUGAAGACGACAAUGGCGAUCAGAUCACUAGUCAUUCGCUUUAA